AAGAAAUGAUUUAGCAUGCCGAUCUCUUUCUAAAGUUUCUCAAUAAGAGAUGCGUACGGCAGACUAAAUUUUGCACAAUGAUAUGUCGAAUAAUUUCAGUGAAAAUUUUUCUCCUCCUGAAUUUCUUUACUUCUAGCUUUGGUCUGUUUAAUGUAUCUCUAUCUACAAUUUUCAACGAAAACAAACCUCUUGUGGGGUUUGCGUUGACUACUUUUGAAAAAAUAUUGAAUCCGAAGGCUGCUCCGACAAGCCUGAACACUGCGGGCUUCACGUCAAAACUGACUAAACUCCUGGCCAGGGUGAAGCAUAUUCCGCCUCAAGUUUACUUCACUACACACCAGCACAUUCUUCAACAUGGCUACCCAGCGGAGGAACACUUCGUGGUCACGCCAGACGGUUACAUUCUGACCGUGAACCGCAUCGCCGGACCACGUCACUCGCGGGGCAGAAGUCGCUCCCCCGACGUGGUGCUCUUGAUGACUUCAGUCAUCAGUUCUUCGUCAGACUUCAUUUUGGACGCUCCAGACUCACUAGGAUACGUGCUGGCGGAUGCAGGUUACGAUGUUUGGCUUGGAAGCAACCGAGGCACACGAGAAGGCCGCAACCACACGCGCCUCAACCCAGACAAGGACAAACGUUUUUGGAACUUCAGUCUGGACGAAAUCGCGCGCUACGACUACCCGGCCCUUGCCUCGUACAUCACACGCCAUGCGGGGGUCGAGCGUUUCUUCUUCGUCGGGUUUUCUGCCGCCAACCGAUGCCUCUUCAUGUCGGCCUCUCUACCGAACAGCUUCAUGAAUAAGAUUCGCAUGGUUGUGAGCUUGGCACCGAUGAUCGGAACUGAGAACCCUUCUUUAUUCAUGAAAUUUUUUUCCAAGUUCAUUGAUGAUGACAUUGUGCAAGGAGUUCUGGAGCAGUUCAAUGGAGGACAAUUUUAUCACGGCAACGACUUCAUGAAAUCCCUGCUUUACAUCGCAUGCAGCGACCGCAGCAAACUACGCCCGAUCUGCCUUUAUUUUACAAAAUUUACUGGUGGAGUGCACAAGGGAUAUCUAGGAAAGGAUAGGCUCGCAUUUGGCCUCAACAGCGCCCUGUCGGGAGCCUCAAACAAAGCAAUCGAACAUAUCACACAGAUAAACCUUACUCCUGACUUACGGAUGUACAGCUACGGAGCCGGCAACAUGGCUGUGUACGGCACCGAAACGUCCCCAGUCUACAACCUCUCGCUCGUCUCAGCUCCUAUUGCUCUCGUCGUCAGCCCCAAAGACCAAGUCACACACAUCAGAGACCUGGCGUAUUUGAGGAAGUCAUUGCCGAAUGUUGUGGCUACCCACGUCGUCCAGCAGCGCGACUACGGCCAUCUCGACUUGAUUUAUGCCGAUAACGCAAGAAAGUCCGUCUACGAUAACGUCUUGCAGUUAAUGAGACAAUAUUAGAUCAAAUUUUACUAAUAUUAAGUAACUUGAGCUAAAAUUCUGAGGAAUUUUAGUGGUGAUAAAUUGAUGGUCACUGUCAAUUGUGGCGAUUGAUCAUCGCUGAUUUUUGCCGCAACGAUAUUUAUACUGAAACAAUUAGUCAAUGAAAAAUAUGAGAUGACAAAAAUUUUUCAUUACAUCUCAAUUUAUCACAGAAAUAAUGCGUGCUGAGACUAUUUGCGGCAAUCAAGUGGAGAUGUCUAACUCAUAUCAAGUCUCUUUCUACCUCUAACGAAGUACACUUGACCUAUAUGCUGAUUUUCGCUUCGUUAUACGAAAUGAUAAGUUUUAGAGCGCUGGAGAGCUUUUCCUCCAGCUAUAAUUUAUACAAUUCCGAACGUAUGUCAAGGACGCCGGCAUCACACCAGAGCGGCGCGGCAUUCGCUGCUAGACAUCAAGCACCGUCGGUCCAGUGCAGGUGCCUUCCAUUUGUAGCAUUUCGUCUCAAAAGAUCUCUCUAGGAUACCAGCAAUUUAAUCUUACCGUCUUUAGCAACUUUCAUGUGUUUUUCAAACGUUAUAAGCACUUCGAAUUUUUACAUUUUUACGUGAACACUUGACGGUAAUUGAACUCCAGUUCAAGUCGAGUUCCAUCGUUGAUGUUUGUUUAUAUCCAAUUAACACUUGAUACUUCUUUUGAUAAAGAGAAUUACGACCUGACGAUCGUCAACGCCAGGUCGCAAACGUUAUUAUUAUGUUUUCUUAAUGACGUAAUUAUUUUGUUUUGAAGAAUGUUUGAAGAGUGGUAGAAAUAGUUGAUUGCAGUAUGGACAAGAAGUGCUACAGAUGUAAUCACUAGUGUGUACAAAGAUAAUCAAAUUUUGAACGUUGUGUCCAGCGAGAGUUUCACUGCCAUCCUUGCUUAAAGCAUGUUAUUUAAAAUAAUAAUUAUCCUAAUCCACGAUAAAUUAUCGAGAAAAGAGUCAGGAAUUAUAGAACCAUGUGAUUUAUUAUCUUAGAAAGUCUUCAUUAAAUUUCCAAGCCUGAAACAGUAAAAAAAGAUAAAAAUUAAAUCCAUUUUACUCAAUUGUUCACACCCAGAAGGGUCUUGUUUAAGCUUAUAUAUAUAUUGGAAACGUUAUAAAAUUUAUUUCUGAAAAUUUUCAGGAAGAGCUCAUAUGUAUACUAAUAAUUUAUCUGCCUUAGGUACAAUUACAUUUUAUUUGCUUGGUAAGGCGCAUAACAAUGAACAUUAUACUUGGUCUGCAAAAAAUUUUAAACAGCAGCACGAUGGAGAAAAGUAAAGUUAUUAAAAAAUGUUGUUUUACCCUUCGAAACAACCACUCGCGUCACAGCUCCAAAAAUAUUUAUUUAAUAAUUGAUAGUUCUAAUUUUUAAAGGGGAAACGCAAUAAAGUGAACUUCUACAUUAAGUGAUAAAUCUUAUAGUUAAUCACAGUCGUCACUGAUGAUAUUCAAGUCGAUGUCUACUAUUGAACUGAAAAAUCAUCCCAAAUCGAAGCCUGCUGUGGCCUGAGUCCAAACACCCAACCCAAGGCACAUAUAGUCAAGGUUUCCUAAUGGAAACCUCCCUGUUUACCUUGACAUCGAUAAGGCACAUGCAGAACUGGAUUUAAAGGUCAAAUUUUCAUCGAAGUUUCUGAACAUAACUCAUAUAUCGUGCAUAAAU